AUGUCUGAGAGAAAGGCCAUCAACAAGUACUACCCGCCGGACUACGACCCCGAGCAGGCCGAGCGCCAGGUCCGGCAGCUCUCCAAGAAGCUCAAGACCAUGCACCGCGACACCGUCGGCAUCCGCCUGAUGACGCCUUUCAGCAUGCGCUGCCUCAAGUGCUCGGAGUACAUCCCCAAGUUCCGCAAGUUCAACGGCAAGAAGGAGCUGCUGCCGGAGCGGUACCUGGACACCAUCAAGAUCUACCGCUUGAGCAUCCGCUGCCCGCGCUGCAACAGCACGAUAUCGUUCCGCACCGACCCGAACCGCGGCGACUACACCAUGGAGGCCGGCGGCGAGCGCAACUACGUGCGCGACGACGCACGCAGCCCGCACAUCAAGCCCGACGAGACCACCGACGAGACGCUGCAGCGCCUGCUGCGCGAGGAGGCCGAAGCCGCCCGCCCCGCCGACUCCGCCGGCGAGGACCGCAUGCAGGAACUCGAGAAGCGCCUCGCGCGCCUGCAGCAGGAGCAGCACGACGCAGAGGAGAUCGACCGUCUGCACCGUGAGAGCCUGGAGCGCGGCCGCCGCGCCGCCUCGCUGGCCGCUUCCAUCGCCGACCGCCGCACGCGCGCAGAAGCCGACGCCGCGCGCGCAGAAGAGGCCUUCCGCGCCGCGCCAGCUCACGUCCGCCCGACCACCGCCCCGGAUCCGACCCCCGCUGCCCCGGCCCCCGCCAGGAAGCCUGCAGGUAAAAAUCCCCUUGGCGUGGUCGUCCGCAACAAAAAGAAACAGAGGGCUAGGCUGGCAGCUCAGCACCGCGUCCCGACCGAUUCCGCCCCCGCUGACCCGUCUGCGUGA